AUGAACCUCCUAAGAAGAUACGGAAGUGCCCCAGGAAACGCGUGCGAAAGGCUGCUCAACCUGCAUAUAAUCCAAAUAUAUUCAAGCAUCAGAAGGAUAUUUGAAAACAGCAUUGACCUUAGCCAGUUUGAUGAGGAUUCUUCCUUGUAUACAAUGUGUCGUUCAUGGUUACGAGAUAAGCCUAUGCACGCUUCUGAGCAGAACGAUGAUGGCAAAGUUGACAAGGAAAAGGCAAACAUAAACUACGGUGCAUCAGACGAUGAAAAUGGCAUUCAUUUCCUGCCCGCACCUGUUCCACUUCCCAAGGACGACACUGGCAAAGUCAAGGACCUCCGAAUAGCUUCGCCUGUUCCACGGCCCAGUGAAAAGUUUUUUGUUGCAUCGGAUGAGAGCGAGAUUGUGCCUGUGAAUGUCCUACUGGCUGGCCAUCAGAAACGCUGGAAAGAAGUGCGCGAAAAGUGCGUAAAGGCAGCUGUGGCAAACGAAGAGCGUUACAAGGAGAGCUCAGAGAUUCUUCACAAGGCAUCGAGAAUUGGCCAUGGUGAAGUACCACAGGACAGGAUGGCUUAAGGACAAAGUGGCCAUACUUGCACCGAUGUGAGCAAGGGAUCCACCUCUCCUUUCUGUCACUGCAGUGAGCCAACAAUAAAGGGCACCAUCACUCAGUAUCCAUUCCAUUUAC